UACUUCAAUCCAACCCCAUGUGCUUUUGUUUUGUUUUUGAGAACUGGUUGAGAGGAAGAGAAGCGUAGCUACUGCAACUAGCCUGUAUAAGAGAGAGAAUCUAUAAGUUAUAGAAACUCACAUGCAACCCCUUUUACCGUUUGCUUAAGGGCUGCUUAUUUUUCGGUUGCAAACAGAGGGAGAGAGAGAAAAGAGGGAGCGUGUUUCGUUCCAAACCGCACUGAAGAAAUGACUAAAGAAGAAGACUUUAAGCUCCUUAAAAUCCAGACUUGUGUUCUCAAAGUGAACAUUCACUGUGAUGGGUGUAAGCAGAAAGUGAAGAAACUCCUUCAGAGAAUUGAAGGUGUUUACCAAGUUCAAAUAGAUGCAGAACAGCAGAAAGUAACGGUUUCAGGUUGCGUGGAUUCCGCAACUUUGAUCAAGAAACUGGUCAGAGCUGGUAAACAUGCUGAACUUUGGUCUCAGAAAACAAAUCAGAACCAAAAGCAGAAGAACAACAAUGCCAAGGAUGACAAGAACAAAGGGCAAAAGCAAGCACUGGUCAGGGGACUUGAGGCCUUCAAAAACCAGCAGAAAUUUCCUGCUUUUAGUUCUGAAGAAGAUGAAUACUACUCCGAAUAUGAUGAUGACGAUGACGAGGACGAAGAUGAAGAGAUGCGGUUUCUGAGGGAGAAAGCCAAUCAACUCCAAAUGCUGAAGCAGCAAGCAGCUAAUGCAAAUAAUGCCAGAAAAGGCAUGGGAGCCAUUGCAGCAGGUUCUAACAAUGGUAAGAUGAACAAUGGUUGCAAUGCCAAUAGUGGCAAAAAGGGAGGCCCAAAUCAUCAGAACAUGGGAAUGAAGGACAGUCCUAAUGGGAGGCUUGAUCAGAAAACCAUGUCAGCUCUUAAAUUGAACAAUGGCCACCUGGGUGGUGAAGGCCUCAACCUCGGUGAAGCCAAAAGAGCCAAUGACAUUGGUGCCAUGAUGAAUUUGGCUGGUUUUAAUGGUAAUAAUGGUGCUAAUGUUGGAAGUGCCACUGUUUUGGGGGGUAAUAAUAAUUCCAAUGGUUUGGGAGGUUUUCCUGUUCAGUCCAAUAAUAACAUGAUUCCAGGGUCUUCUGCAUCUUUUUCAAAUGGUGGUGGUCUUUCUGGUGGCCAAUAUCCAUCUUCUCUGCUAAUGAAUAUGAAUGGCUUCAAUAACCAUCCAUCACCAUCUCCAUUAAUGAUGAACAUGCAGCAGCAGGCAAGGCAAGCCAUGAUGCAGCAACAACCCCAGAUGAUGUAUCACAGGUCCCCUUUUGUUCCCCCUAACACUGGCUAUUACUACAACCACAGUAGUAGCUACAGCCCUGCACAUUACUCCUACUCCUCGUAUGGCUUGCCUGGUUACCUUGCAGCAGGAGGUGAUGAUCAUCACUCUGCAGCUCACAUGUUCAGUGAUGACAAUACUAGCAGCAGUUGUUCAAUAAUGUAAUGAUAGGUUGUAGAGCCAAAAGUUUUUUAUUUUAUUUAAAAAAAAAAACAAAAAACGGAUGGUGGUUUGACCUUAAAAGUUCUAUUUACCAUUUACCAAGCUAGUAUAGUGUUUGACUGUAAUUUGGUGGGGCAUAUGAAUGUGUUAGUGAUGGAUGGAUGGAUGGAUGUGUGAGGCUGAGAGUGAAUCAUAUCAGUGUACUGUGUAGUGGUUGAGAUGAUGUUUGCCUUUAUUUUUAAAAAAAAAUCCUUGGUUGUUCUGUCAAA